GAAAAUAAGAAUCUCCUUGGAUUGGAGUCCUCCGGGGUAGGGAGUGAAAGCCCCGGAGGCAGAAAGGGACGAGAAGAGGGGCUUGCCCAGAGCAUGGAUAGGAAGGGAGCAGAGGUUCUCCAGGGCUCGGCGCGCACGCAGGGUCUGUGCCCGGGGCUGCAGCUGCGGACGAGAAAAGCGCUGUCUGGCUAAUGAAGGCUACCUGGGUCAGGCUUCUGAAAAGAGCCAAGGGAGGAAGGCUGAAGAAUUCGGAUAUCUGUGGUUCGGCAGACUCCUACACCAGCCGUCCAUCUGAUUCAGAUGUUUCUUUGGAGGAAGAUCGGGAGGCAGUGCGCAGAGAAGCAGAGCGACAGGCCCAGGCACAGUUGGAAAAAUCAAAGACAAAGCCCGUUGCAUUUGCAGUUCGGACAAAUGUCAGCUAUAGCGCAGCCCAUGAAGAUGAUGUUCCAGUGCCAGGCAUGGCCAUCUCAUUCGAAGCAAAAGAUUUUCUGCAUGUUAAGGAAAAAUUUAACAAUGACUGGUGGAUAGGGCGAUUGGUUAAAGAAGGCUGUGAAAUCGGAUUCAUUCCAAGCCCAGUCAAGCUAGAAAAUAUGAGGCUACAGCAUGAACAGAGAGCCAAGCAAGGGAAAUUCUACUCCAGUAAAUCAGGAGGAAAUUCAUCAUCCAGUUUGGGUGACAUAGUACCUAGUUCCAGAAAAUCUACACCUCCAUCAUCUGCUAUAGACAUAGAUGCUACUGGCUUAGAUGCAGAAGAAACUGAUAUUCCAGCAAACCACCGCUCCCCUAAACCCAGUGCAAACAGUGUAACGUCACCCCACUCCAAAGAGAAAAGAAUGCCCUUCUUUAAGAAGACAGAGCACACUCCUCCUUAUGACGUGGUACCUUCCAUGCGACCAGUGGUCCUGGUGGGCCCUUCUCUGAAGGGGUAUGAGGUCACAGAUAUGAUGCAAAAAGCGUUGUUUGAUUUUUUAAAACACAGAUUUGAAGGGCGGAUAUCCAUCACAAGGGUCACCGCUGACAUCUCGCUGGCCAAACGCUCUGUGUUGAACAAUCCCAGUAAGCACGCAAUCAUAGAAAGAUCCAACACAAGGUCAAGCUUAGCGGAAGUUCAGAGUGAAAUUGAAAGGAUUUUUGAACUUGCAAGAACACUGCAACUGGUAGUCCUUGACGCAGAUACUAUUAAUCAUCCAGCUCAACUUAGCAAAACCUCUUUGGCCCCUAUUAUAGUAUAUGUAAAGAUUUCUUCUCCUAAGGUUUUACAAAGGUUAAUAAAAUCUCGAGGGAAAUCUCAAGCUAAACACCUCAAUGUCCAAAUGGUAGCAGCUGAUAAAUUGGCUCAGUGUCCUCCAGAGUUGUUUGAUGUGAUCUUGGAUGAGAACCAGCUCGAGGAUGCCUGUGAGCACCUUGCCGACUAUCUGGAGGCCUACUGGAAGGCCACCCACCCUCCCAGCAGCAGUCUCCCCAACCCUCUCCUUAGCCGCACGCUAGCCACUUCAACUCUGCCUGUUAGCCCCGCUCUAGCCUCUAAUUCACAGGGUUCUCAAGGUGAUCAGAGGACUGAUCGCUCUGCCCGUUCUGCUUCCCAAGCUGAAGAAGAACCCUGCCUGGAACCAGUCAAGAAAUCCCAGCACCGUUCUUCCUCCUCAGCCCAGCACCACAACCAUCGCAGUGGUACAAGUCGAGGCCUCUCCAGGCAAGAGACGUUUGACUCGGAGACUCAGGAGAGUCGAGACUCUGCCUACGUGGAGCCAAAGGAAGAUUACUCCCACGAACACGUGGACCACUAUGCCCCACACCGUGACCAUAACCACAGAGAUGAGGCCCACGGGAGCAAUGAGCACAGACACAGGGAGUCUCGGCACCGUGCCAGGGACCUGGAUCGAGAGCAGGACCACAACGAGUGCAACAAACAACGAAGCCGCCAUAAAUCCAAGGAUCGCUAUUGUGACAAGGAUGGAGAAGGAAUAUCCAAAAAACGGAACGAGGCUGGGGAGUGGAGUAGGGAUGUUUACAUCCGCCAAUGACUUUGGCCCUUUUGUGUUUGCUUUUUUUUAAAUCUUGUAUAACAGCACCCUCAACGUAAAUCUUU